AUGGAGACGGCCUGUGAUGAGUCCAUGAAGAGAGGGCAGUGCUCGAAAUGCAUGUGCAACAGGGCUGAAGUUUUGAAACUGCAGAUCCUCAAAGCAUUCGCCCGCAUCGGCAAAUCCAAGAAGUGCAGCAGCGCUGUUGGGUGCGUCGCUUGCAAAGAGCCCUAUGGCUUUCUCAAAUUGAACGACACCAACAGCUCGGAUACCGGAUCUUUGCACUUCGGCAGCUGUGCCUUUCAAUGCCCGGAUCCCAGCAACGUCUCAUGGCCGGUGAUGCCGAAGAAUGCUCUGGACUACAACGGCAAGGAGUGGCCCGCGGCAUGCUUCAAUGGAACGGAGGAGCAGCGCUACUUCAUCAUUGGUGACUGGGGUGGCAUCGUUAGUGGCUCCGGACCACCGGUCACAUUUAAGAACCGGCCGACCGUCAUCGAUCCUAUUGACACUCAUGCUCAAACCUAUGUCGCGGACAAGAUGGCUGAAGUCGCUGCUGACUUGAAGCCGAAGUUUGUGCUCAACGUGGGUGACAACUUCUAUCCUGGUGGCAUCAGUAGCCCUGGCACCUGCAACGCCGAGACGGACAAAACAGAUCCGGCGGGGCAGAUCAUAUUCACGAACGUUUUCGAGAACGUGUACAAGGGCCCUGGUUUGGACGGCGUUGAGUGGUGGGGCGUGCUGGGCAAUCACGACUAUGGAGGCUACCACUACAAUGUCCAUUGGGAUCAGAACAUCUUCUACACCUGGAAUUCGCCCAAGAGUCGCUGGCUCACGCCCGCCUUGUACUGGAAGCGAGCAGCGCAGUUUCGAAACUUCUCCGCAGAGUUCUUCUUCGUGGACACCAACAAGGUGGAUACUUACGGCAAUCCGGAUGCCGACCCGGAGCACAACAUUUGUGCCCGAUCUCACAAUCAGCCACCCCAGCCCCUGGGAUGCAAUGGCACAUCGAUAUCCAGCCCAGACACCUGCUGGAAGUUCUUUGACGACCUGUGGAAGGCGCAGAAGGACUGGCUUGCGAAGGAGCUUCAGGCAUCUACUGCUGAGUGGCAGAUCAUCGUAACCCACUACCCGCCGAACUUCGAGCCCUGCCGUUCUACCUGGGAGAGCUAUCUCGUCGAAUAUGGCGUCGACUUCUACGUUAGCGGCCACACCCACUUGCAGCACACCAACACGACCUUUGGGGAGACGGCUUUCGUGAUUUCAGGAGGAGGGGGAGGCAUCACUUCUGAGAUCCUGCCCAGCAAAACAGGGGAGGAUGACGGGUAUGGCUUCAUGGACGUCGUCAUCCAGCACGAUGCCAUGUACAUCACCAGAUACUCCCAUGGUGGUGUGGACAAGAAGACCAUUGUCCGAGGUGUUACGAAGGUGAGCCCACGCAGCCCGAAGGCUGUUUCACAAGUCGCGAAGGCGGAGCCAGAAGUCGCGAAGGUGGUUGUUUGA